AAUCGAAAAUUACUAGACAUUUAUUAUCUAUUAUAGAGCCAAUUUUGUUACAUCGCAAGGGAAAGCAGAAUAUUAUUUUUAAAGAAAAAUACUAGGCGCAGAUUCUUCACCAGGCAUCACCGCGAUUAGGUGGCAACGCCGUAACGAUAUACACACGCUGUCGCUGCAUUUGUCAUUUUCCGGUCGUCAUUUCGUUCGUACGCGCGACAUUUUUAGCAAGUGUGUAGCUAGGCUUUGCUUCGGCUGGAAAUCAACUAAAAAUUGUGCUCUAAAUUGAAAACAUAACAAAUUGCUAAAAUGACCGACAAGCAGCAAGUGGACACUGAGAUGAACGGCGAGGAUUUCACCAAGGACGUGACGGCCGAUGCGCCAAGCAGCACCGAAAAUGGCGAGGGCAACGCCGCCGGUUCGACUAACGGCGCCUCCGAAAACCAAUCUGGAGCAUCCGGCCAGCGCGAUGACGACAGAAAACUGUUUGUGGGCGGCCUUAGCUGGGAAACCACGGAAAAGGAGCUGCGAGAUCAUUUUGGCAAGUUCGGUGAGAUCGAAAGCAUCAAUGUUAAGACAGACCCACAGACCGGCCGCUCCCGAGGAUUCGCCUUCAUCGUGUUCACCACCACGGAAGCGAUCGACAAGGUCAGCGCCGCCGAGGAGCACAUCAUCAACAGCAAGAAGGUCGACCCCAAGAAGGCCAAGGCGCGCCAUGGCAAGAUCUUUGUCGGUGGCCUGACAACAGAGAUUACCGAUGAGGAGAUCAAGACCUACUUCGGACAGUUUGGCAAUAUCGUUGAAGUCGAGAUGCCAUUUGACAAGCAAAAGUCUCAGCGCAAGGGCUUCUGCUUCAUCACCUUCGAUGCUGAGCAGGUGGUCACGGAUCUGCUGAAGACGCCAAAGCAAAAGAUUGCUGGCAAGGAGGUGGACGUGAAGAGGGCCACGCCCAAACCCGAAAACCAGAUGAUGGGACCUCGCGGUGGAAUGCGCGGUGGUAUGCGUGGAGGACGUGGUGGCUUCGGACGAGGAGCCUACAACAACCAGUGGGAGGGCCAGGGCUCCUAUGGCGGCUAUGGCGGAUACGGUGGAUAUGGUAGCGGGGGCUAUGGCGACUACUACGCCGGCGGCUACUAUAAUGGAUAUGACUACGGUUAUGACGGCUACGGGUACGGAGGCGGCUUUGACGGUAACGGCUACGGCGGCGGCGGUGGCGGUGGCAAUAUGGGAGGUGGUCGCGGUGCCGGCGGACCCCGUGGUGGCGGCCCGAAAGGCGGCGGUGGCUUCAACGGUGGAAAACAGCGUGGCGGUGGACGCCAGCAGAGGCAUCAACCCUAUUAAUCGGGUGGGGGCAUGGGCAUUGGGUAUUUCGCAUUCUUCGGAUAACUGCAAACUAUUUGAAUUUUACUUAGUUUAGUUUGUUAUGGCAUUACUACAAAAUCGACAUAUACACAUACGGACACAAAAAGGCACAUGGACAAUUGAGGAGUAACCGCAUAUAUACAAAACUGUAUAUAGAAAAACCAAAACAAACGGAUGGGAGAAGCGUCAGGAUGAUUGCAUUAAAUAGAUUGUCUGCUGGCUGGGAGCAACUAUUUAAACCGCAGCUACCUUUACGCAUUUUUACACACAUUCUGUGUGUAGCACCGUUCCAAAUAUAACAUCAGCAACGCAGCAGUAGCAACAGCACGAGAUGAGCAUCAACAACCCAACAGCAGGAUCAUCAAAAAUAGAAGCAGCAAGAGCGUCAGUUAGCAGAACAACUGAAGCAACGCGUCAUUAAGAAAAACACACGUUUAGUUAGGCCUAGAGACUUGUAAUUUUUCAGCAAGUGGCUAAUUUUUCAUAGCCACACGCUCAUUAACCCGGCCGACCACCCACUCAACCAACCGCCCACCAAAACAAAUCAACAAACAAACAAGAAUACAUACAACUAAGCAACCCUACCCCCUUCACAGAACCCGCAAGUCAGUCUUGUAUAGAAGAUAGCAUACAACAUUUACCAAACUAAAUGCCAUGCCCCUGCUCUCGUUGUCUGUGUGUCGAGACUAAUUUGUUUUUCUAAUGUAGUCCCAUACGUUAUGCGAGGUAAUUGUUUAACAUGUCAGCAGCACAGGGAAAAUACGGAAGAAGCAGAAAAGAGUAAAUAAAAUAAAAAAAGAACAACAUUAUAUUAAAACAAACAAAACACAAAACAUAAGAAAACUUUCAAAACAACAUACACAACACAUACAGCUAAAAUGUUUCAUACAUUAUACAAUACAAUUUAGUAUAAGUAUUUGUUUAACUUUAAUUAUGGUAAUUAACUGUAAUAUGUAAUAAUAAUUAUAAAAGAAAGAAACCAAGCAGGCGUUGACUGGCUGGCACACACCGGGUUCCAUGUUCCCGUUCAAUUGAUUAAUUGAAAACUAUAUACGACAAGAAACAAACAAACACACAAAAGAAACAAACAAAUCCACCAUAAUACAAAACAGAGAAAACGAAAAGAAUAACCUUUUGUUUUCGGUUAUGUCUUUACGCUCAUAGACUACAUUUAUAAAAAAUAUAUAUAUAUAUAUAUUCUAUAUUUAUAUACGCGUCUAAGGGGAAGAGAUUUAUAUUUUAAUAAAAAUCUAAAGCCACUCAGCAAGAACCUUAUCUACUUUCCCACACACAAUUGUAUAGAACAUGCAUCAAUGCGAACUGUUAAAUCAAAUCUAUGUAUACAUUAAUAUAUGAAAUCGUCCGACUAAAGCUAAAGGAAAGCCGAUUAGAUGUCGAUGGCUUGCAGUGACGGAAGAGGAGGUCAUGUUUAGGUAGCAUUUCGAAGGAAAAAGAAAACACAAUGAGAUCAAUUCGUGUAAAUGUACUUUCUUUCCCCUAAUUAAAAAAAAAAAAAAAACAUUCUCAAGAAAAAGGAAAUACAAUUAAAAUUUACUGAACGAUAAGAGAAGUCAGUUUUAAUGCGAACUACAUUAAAGUAAAAAACAUAAAGUAAA